UUGCUUUGGCAGUGUUCAGAUCGAAUACAAGAGUGCCGAGGAACCUGGUUCUUUUUUUUUUUAGACGAAUAUCGCAUUCAUGUCUGGUAAGCUUACCUUCCAUAUCCAAGACACUCCAAGCACAGACUGCUAGAAACGAAGAACCCAUAGCUGAACAACUUUUAGGAGCUACACUUGACUGGGACCGUGGAGGACGAACAAAAAAGAAUGGCUUAACUCCUCUAUAUUCACUGAUGAAAAAAAUCAUCGAUCUGAACCAAGGAUGCGUUUGUUUAAUUCAAGUAGGAAGUUUCUAUGAGCUCUAUUUUGAGCAAGCUCUGGACUACGGUCCCCAAUUGGGACUCAAAGUUUCCACAAGAAAAACCAACAACUACACCAUACCUAUGGCAGGGUUUCCUACUUAUCAAUUGCAGAAAUUUGUUAAGAUUUUGGUGCAAGACUUGGGUGAAAAUGUAGCCAUUAUAGACCAAUUCCCCACAAGAAAGAUCUCAGAAACGAUAAUACACCGCAAAAUAUCACGAAUUGUUUCCCCAGGGACUCUUGUAGAUGAAACAUUCAUGAACUAUAACCAGAACAACUUCUUGCUAGCAAUCUCGUUUCCUGCUAAUUGUACAAAGGUUCCAGCCGAUCCUGAGACUGCGGUAGGACUCUCAUGGAUUGAUGUAAGUGUUGGGGAGUUCUAUGUUCAGAACACAACUUUGGGGAAUAUGAUUUCUGACAUUUCCAGGGUUAAUCCCAGUGAAAUCAUCAUCUCCAAAGAGUUUCAGGAUAUGAACAUUAUCGACGGUAAUUGGUAUCCACCUCUUCAGGAAUUGCGUCGGUUCUUCUUACGCUACCACAAGACGACAUACAACGAUCUGAAGUUGAAGUUCAAAAGUGGGUUACAAACCACAAGAAAGAUGUUGGAAAGCUUUACCGUUAGAGAAGAGGCAGCAAUGAACAUGAUCUUGUCGUAUAUUGAUGUAAAUUUACCUGAAUCCAAUCCUUCCUUGGAUCACCCCAUCACAUACUGGAAUCAGAGUUGUCUACAGAUGGAUGCCCGAACUCGUGAAGCACUAGAAUUGACCGAAAGAUCCACCAGUGGCAGAUCUUCUGUUGUAGGAUCUCUCUUGACGACUGUUAAGCGAACUAUCACACCUUCUGGAUCUAGAUUGUUAACUCAAUGGAUAAAGUCUCCAAUUCUCGAUGUUAACGAAAUUCGCCGCAGACAAGGUUUUGUCCAGACUUUCCUUGAGAACCACCAAGUGACAACCUCUUUGAGGUACCAGUUGCUGCAGCUUGGUGACUUUAUUAGGUCGUUACAAAGACUAGCGUUCGGUGCAGGUGAUAGCGUUACCCACUUGCUAGCAAUUGCCGAUAGCAUAGCAAAGUUACAGGAAAUAGAAGUAUUCUUAAGAACAGAACAUUCCAAUAACAAAAAGGGAUUGAAAAUUUUGGACAAAUUUUUGAAGGAGUUUGUUGUUCCUUCAGACAUUUCAGAAGAGAUCAUAUCAACACUCCAUAUUCAGAUAAAUGACGAAGUAAUAGGAGAAUUCGAAGAUUCUGAAGAUUCUGAAGAGUAUCCACAUAUUGAUACAGGUUCUUAUAGCAACAAAUCUAUUGACAAGUAUAGAUUCGUACCAAAACCUAAAGGGGAAAGUGUAUUCAGCUUCUCAGUGAGGCGUGAUUAUAACAAAUCUUUGUUAGACUUGCACAACCUGAUGGAUAUCUUGAAAGAUAAAGAGGAUAACAUGAUAUCAGCUGUUAGAGAAGAAUUGGGCAAGAUCGAUCCAAAACUACUUGUUUCCAAAAAAGAACAACAUGGAAGGUAUCUGAAUAUUUUGCACAUUUCUGGUAAACAAAAACUGAUAGAAGAGGUCUAUGUUCAUCUUGGUAAUGAUGUCAGAGACAAGAAGAAGGCUUCACUCUUGUAUAAGCCAACUGAAUGGAACAACUUGCAGGUGAUCAUUGAAGAAAAGAAAGAGCAUAUAAGAGAAUUGGAACGCCAAAUCGUUGAUCUGCUUAGACAGAAAGUGCUAGAUAAAGCAUCUGAUAUCAGAAAAGUCAGUAAGAUGGUUGAUUUCUUGGAUGUGACAUCUUCUUUUGCAAUUUUGGCGGAAGAGAAUAACUUAGUAUGUCCAAAAUUUGUGAAGACUUCUCUGAUUAACAUUGAGAAUGGCAGACAUUUUGUGGUUGAAUCAGGCUUGAAGUCAGUUGGUAAGAUGUUUACACCUAAUGAUACCAAGAUCACUUCCAGUGCCAACCUUUGGGUCGUUUCAGGACCCAAUAUGGGAGGUAAGAGUACGUUCUUAAGACAGAAUGCAAUUAUAGUCAUUCUAGCACAAAUUGGUUCUUUUGUUCCUGCUUCAAAAGCCAAUCUCGGAAUUGUAGAUAAGAUAUUUACCAGAAUAGGAGCCUCAGACGAUUUAUUCAACGACUUAAGUACUUUCAUGGUUGAGAUGGUAGAGACUAGCAAUAUCUUGCGCAAUGCAACCUCUCAUUCGUUAGCCAUUGUUGAUGAAAUUGGAAGAGGAACCAGUGGAAAAGAAGGACUAGCGCUUGCAUAUGCUACUUUGUACAACUUGUUGCUGGUCAACAAAUGCCGUACACUCUUUGCAACUCAUUUUGGUAAGGAAUUAGAGCAAUUAUUGAAAGCAAAUAAAGUGAGCCAAAGUAAGAUACGCUACUUCCGUACCAGAGUAAUUCAAGAUGAUGACGACAAAAACCCCUCAGGACUUGGUCUUGUCAUAGACCAUACUUUGGAAAAGGGUAUCAGCGAGAGAUCGUAUGCACUUGAAGUGGCCCAGAUGGCAGGAUUCCCGCCAGAAGCAUUAAAAAAUGCUCGAAUGGCACUUGAUCUACUAGAUUAAGAUUUAGACAGAUAGCUUAGCAUAUACCAUAUAGCAUACAUGCCAUCAGAGCAUAUAUUUACAGAAUCUAUAAU